AACAGUGGUUGCGUUCAUUGCAGAAGUUGGCUGCCACGUAGUUGCCAAUCCUGUUGCAUUUAUUUUGGCCACUGCUUUUUUCAGAGGAUGGUUUAAAUUGGCUUUUAUAAGCAAAUUUUGUGAAUACGAGAACUAUUGUUUAUCAAAAUGAUCUUUUUUUCUAUUUGUUCGAUACUGCCAUCGCUGUUUGCGUUUGCAACCGGGGGGAAACUACCUGAGCCAGAAGUCAAAAUUGAAGUUAUACAAAAACCCUUUAUGUGUUACCGUAAGACAAAAUAUGGAGAUAUGCUUCUUGUACAUUACGAGGGAUACUUGGAGAGUAAUGGCACCAUGUUUCAUUCCAGCCGCAAGCAUGGGGAUAAAAAUCCAGUAUGGUUCACACUUGGGAUCCGAGAGGUGAUCAAGGGCUGGGAUAAGGGUCUGCAGAACAUGUGCACAGGAGAGCACCGAAAACUGACUGUCCCUCCAUCUCUGGCAUAUGGCAAGGAAGGAAAAGGCCAGAUCCCUCCAGGCAGUACCCUAAUUUUCGACAUUGAGCUCAUGGAGAUCCGAAAUGGUCCCAGGUCACAUGAAACUUUCCGGGAGAUGGAUCUCAAUGAUGACUGGAAACUCUCCAGACAGGAGGUGAAAGAGUACUUAAAGAAGGAGUAUGAGAAACAUGGAUACUCACCCAACGACACAGAACAUGAAGCAAUGAUAGAUGAUAUCUUCAAAAAUGAGGAUGAGGAUGAAGAUGGUUUCAUAUCAACCAGGGAAUUCACCUACCAACAUGAUGAACUUUAAAGGAAUGAUUUCAUCUGUUUUCAACUACCUACAAUGUUUGUGCCAUUCAUUUCCUCCAAAGCAGUGAAUGACAAUGACAGGUCAAUUAGUUACUGGUCAGUUUUACAUGGAUCUUGUUUUCUAAACUGCUUUUUCAACAACAUUGUCUUAUUUAUGAUUUAACUUGGAUAUAUUACCUCCGUUUUGUAAGAUCCCUAAUAUAUUCAUGUCUCCAUUCUACAUGCACUGAUAAUGUCACCACAGAUGUAUUUAGACUACAGUAUUGGAAUAUUUGGUCAGUCGAUUUCAUGAAAUAAAUGUUUUUUUUAAACAAAUAGAACUUGUUAGUUAUCUAAACAAUUAAU